CCGCCUUUCUGUCUCCUCUCUCCCUCCGUACUGGACUCCGGUGCAUUUCCGGCGGCCCGGGAGUUCGCCGUCGACCCGGCCAGCCCGCGGGGUGGGCGUGCGCCGAGGUGUCCGCGCGCCCGAGGCCGAGCGGCCGCCAUGGCCGACGUGAGUGUGGAUCAGUCCAAGUUGCCGGGCGUGAAGGAAGUGUGUCGAGAUUUUGCAGUCCUGGAGGACCACACCCUGGCUCAUAGCCUGCAAGAACAAGAGAUUGAACAUCAUUUGGCAUCCAAUAUUCAGCGGAAUCGUCUGGUACAGCAUGAUCUGCAGGUUGCUAAGCAGCUCCAAGAGGAAGACCUCAAAGCCCAAGCUCAGCUCCAGAAGCGCUACAAAGCCCUUGAGCAACAUGAUUGUGAAAUUGCUCAGGAAAUCCAGGAGAAGCUGACAAUUGAGGCUGAGAGACGACGCAUUCAGGAGAAGAAGGAUGAGGACAUAGCACGCCUUUUGCAAGAGAAGGAACUACAGGAAGAGAAAAAGAGGAAGAAACACACUCCAGAGUUUUCUGGGGGCAGUGCUUAUGGAGAUAACUACUAUUAUGAGGAUGGAGACCAGUCAAGGUCAAGGAGGGACAGGGAACUGGGUUCUGGACACUCAAAGUUUUGUAGACUCCAAAACAACGGGAAGACUACAAAGCAGAAGGAGAAACCAAGGCAUCAACAGGAGAACUUGGAAGACCUGGAAGAAUACCAUACAUCAGAGAGAUCCCUGCCUUCUGCUAGCUUGGGCAGAGGGAGGGAUGAUGCCCAGACUGUCUGUGAACAGCAGGAAAGAAAGCGGUCUAGUCAGGAGAGGCUCUGGAAAUCUCCACUUCCGAAGAUCCGCGGGGAGGUAUUUUUGAGCACUGACUCUGAAGACUGGGAAGCUAACUGUAGCCUUAGAACUCGGAGUUGGGAAAAACAGUCUCGACAGCAUGGCAGACAUUCACCCAAGUCUUCACAGAAACCAGGACUUCCCUGUAAGGAAAUUGUAUAUGGGAGGGACCUUGGGCAAGGUGAACACAGAGAAAUGAGACAUAGGCCCAGGACUUCUCCCUUCUCAGAGGAUAAAGAACUUCGCCACCACCGUGUUGCAGGAAUGAAACCAAGAGGAAUAAAAGAAGCUGUCUCUACUUCAGCACAAGCAAGCCACAGGGACCAGGAGUGGUAUGAUGCUGAAAUUGCCCGGAAGUUGCAAGAGGAAGAACUUUUGGCUACUCAUGUGGACAUGAGAGCAGCUCAGGUUGCCCAGGAUGAGGAAAUUGCUCGACUUCUGAUGGCUGAAGAAAAAAAAGCUUACAAGAAAGCCAAAGAGCGAGAAAAGUCAUCUUUGGACAAAAGGAAACAUGACCCUGAGUGCAAGUCAAAAGGAAAGUCGACACACUCAAAGUCAAAAGAGGGUGAUGAAACACACCGUUCCAAGAUUGACAGGCCGUCGAGACCACUGCCACCUACAGGGAUGGGCCCUGAGGACAUGGAGCCCAGCCAUUUUACAAACCAGCACAGUGGUGCACGUCAUUUUCCAAAGUCUGAGUCCUCGCAUAAAGGCUUCCAUAAUAAGCAGUAAAUCAAACAAAACAACAAAAGGGAUAUGCCUCGACAAUGGACUUCCUAUAGCACAUAUUACUGAGAGAUACAACAUGCAUUCCACAUUGGCUGUUGUCCUUCUGUGUGCCAUUGCUGGGAGUUACUCUCAAGUGUUUUUUAACUAAAAAAAAUAUUUCACUUCAUUUUAAAAUUUUAGUUAUUUUAGUCACUUGGGCAGUGUAAGAAAAUGUAGCUUCUGAAUAUUGGCCACGUCUUCUGUGGAUAUAUUUCCUGGGACAUAAUAAUUCUAUAAAACGACAGUUGCUAGUUAUACGAUAUUGGCAUCUAGGGAAUUGAGUUUAUUUAGCAAUUAGAAGUGUCCAGAGAUUCAUCAUCAAGUAAAGAUCACAUUGGAUGCAGUGAAGUAUAAGGAAGUGUAUGGAAGAGCUGCUCUGCUGCUUGUUAGGAUGAUAUUUUCAAAGAUACAGCCUUUGUUUUUUAUUCUUUUCAGAAAAGUAAAAUCACAACAAUAAAGUAUAGGGGAAACACCCAGAGCAGUGGAAGUCUGUUCUUCUGAAUAAGUGGAUUGGUAGAGGCUCUAGAUGGUCAUGUAACCCUCACUUGUUAGUGUGUACUGCUGUUUCCUCAGGAUCAAGUCUUUUUGACGCCCUUAGGCAAUGACUAACGUGCUAAUAUUUAUUUGUAGAGACCUUAAUUGUCUGAUAUUUUCUCUCACGUCCAUGAAGAGUCAACUCAAAAUUAAAGAAGAAGCAGCCUUCUGUUGCCUUGCUUUUCUAAUUUAAUUAUAGAGCCAAAGGAAUAGAACAGUGUCCAUGGGACUUGAUACCAUCCAUCCACCUAGCUGUGCAUAUCCAGCCUCUUGCUCCCAGGAUAUAGCGGUUUUUGUUGGCAACUUUGCAGUGAUGUUUUACACACUUUCAAUAUUAGAUUAAUUCAACAUGAAGUUGGAUUUGAUGAAGUGAGUCAUUAUCCAGGUGUAGCCAUCCAUGGCUGACAGUCAUUGUAUUCCUCUCUGUAAGACCUUUUAAACUCCUCUAUAAAAUUCUGUAUUUAUCCAUACAACUUACUUAAUAUAAAUGGCAGCCAUGCUGAACCUAUAUGUGAUUGCCAUUUUCCCAGCUUGACCUGCUGUUCUUUGCAGUGUAUGGAUCUGACGUUUUCUGGUAUGUCAGUAUGCUGUUUACUUAAAAAAGCAGAAAAUAGGGUUGCUGAGAGAAAUGAUUUAAGGACUGCCCGCCUUCCAUUUGCCUUGUCUUUCCAAACUGUCUUAAACAUGUGGAAGAUUCUGGAAUGCUGCUCCCAACAGAUUUUGAUCUCUGAUUUUGAGAACAAUCUUUUGUUUCAUAAAGUGAUACCUGAUAGAAAUUUGGGUGAAAAGUGACUAAGAGUGAAGCUGUGGGCAAACAGUCAUCUGGGAAGAUGCAGAUGCAGCAGUGCAGUUCCUGGGAGCAAAUGCAAGGGAGUGAACUACAGGCCCAGGAAUCAGCCAGCAAGUACAUGCAGGAAGAGCAUCCUUCAGAGAAGGAGGCAAAGGGAGAGCCUAGCCUUAAGUCAGAAUCCAUACAAUGCUUUCAAUGCCACAGCUUCCUCUUACCAGCUUAGUGGAAUGCUGUAUCUUCAUCUACCCUGCCCUGUGACUUUACUUCAUGUUUUUUAAAGGCAUUUUGAAAUGGUAACUUUAAAGAAAAAAUAUAGUUGUAUUUUUAUUUGAUAAUUAGGCAAAACAGGCAACAUCUUCUGCCAUAUUUUUUGUUUUAUAAAUAUUUAUUUUUCUAUCUCAUGAAAUGAUCACUUUUAACUUUAAAAGCUGCAUUUCUUUGGUUUUGCAUGAACUUCAUUUAAUCAUAUUUAUUGUUGUAAAAUGUAUGUCUUUUAGUUUUAGAAAUGCCAAGCCAUUUAACCAGAAUGCUGAAGUCUUACCUGUCACCCUGGAUGGCCAAGUCAGUGCUGCCCUUAUGAUGGCCAGCUCAGCAUCAGUAUUGGAGUAGUUGUUACUUUUUACAUUUUUUUAAAAGACUACAAUUUUAAAAUAUAUUGUUUGUCUUAUUUUAUUUUAUUUUUGUAAAGUGAACAGUUUUUUUAAGAAUACCAGUAACUAUUAUGAGUAGAAAGAUAGAAAAAUGUUCUUAAUUAUUCUUAAUUAAAAUUUUUGCUAUCAGUCAAAUAAUAUAUCUUUGAGAUGAUUGAAACAACUAACAGCUCUUAAUGAACUGCCAGUAUUCACUGUGGUCUCUGCUUUUUAAUUUUUAAUUUUUAUAUAAAAAUGAAAGCAUUUAUUUUGUUCAUGUUAUUGAACACAUGCAAUUUAAUUAUUAGGUCCACACUGUAUUCUGUUUUGCUAUCAACAUACAGACUAAUUCUUCUAGCCAUGAGAAUUAGCCUUGAGAAUUCUUUUGUUUCUCAACUUGGUUUCUCUGCAGGCCAUGUGCUGUUAACACCAGUGUCUCUGGAUGGGCAUACUAUGUUAAGAAGCCUCGACAUGAGACUGCCCGACAGGAUGCUCUCUCCUUUUCCAUCCUAGAAAAGAGGCUAGAUAAAAGUCACAUUAAAUAUGCUGACCUGAUAGAAAUUAAUUCCAGUAUUUAAGCUACUGUUAGUUAUAAUUGCCUUGUUGGGAGAAUAGAAAAAUUGUUUCUUUUGUUCUCAAAGAAUAUUGAGAAUUUUUGCAAAUGACUUCACAUGUCAUUGAAAUGUUAUGAGGUCAAGUGACUUUAUGACAAAUGGCUAUGUAGUAAUGAACUCAAAACCUGAACAGCCACAACCAAACUAUGUAUUUCUGAGCUUGAGAAACAUCAAAAUUAGGAAGAGGGAUAUGCAUAAAUAUAUGCCCAAAGAAAACUGUUUUCACAGUGGCCUGGGUCACUGCACCUAGGCAACCGUCUAAAGUAUGUGACCUGUGGUCCACUGCACACUUUAAUACUGUCAGAGCUUCUCUAAGUCUGUUUGUGCCAAAUUUAUAACAAAAACAAAGACAAAAAAAUAUACUGUAAUAUGGUGCAUUCUGUUUACCACAUAAGUGGUUAACAUUUUACAGCCUUGACUUACAAUGAGUAUUGCCUUUAUUUGUAUAAAUCUCACUUUGGGAAACAAGAAGAUCUGUUACUCUCCUUUAAAAGGUAACUUGUGAUUGGCUGAGAUCAUCAGCCUAAUGAAGAGAUGAGGCCCAUGUAGAAAUAACUCGAAGGCCUAACAUAGAAUAGAGCUUGAAGUAAAUGGCUUCUUCCAUUUGGUAGGGUGGUGUUUGUGGAAAGAGCACUGACAUUGAGGUCACACUGACAAGGAGACAUCGUUCCCCUUGAUUUCACUGUGAACACUGUGCAGUGUUCUCAUAGCACGCUUUUAUAAAACAGUUCCUAAAACAUUCAGAAUCGAAUCUUUCAUUUAAAAAAGUCUGUAAUGUGUCUGUCAUAUGCUGUUCAUAGCAGAAAAGUGACCCGGUCACCCAUUCUCUCUUCCUGUCUGACAAUCAGAGAAGUGACCCAAAAGCAUCACCCCAUUUCUCUGGCUAUCGGUUGGUGCCUAUGUGCUUUAGAGCCGUAUCUGUAUCUGACUGGUGACAGGAUGCUUGUUUCUUCCCUGUAUUACCCUGUAAUAGGGCAAUGCAGGCCGAGAGACACCCACUGAGGAGCAUCCUGUUAAUGCUGUGUAGAACAGUAUUAGCCGAAUAUGUGGUGGGAGGUUUUGUUUUGUUUUGUUUUGUUUUUUUGUUUGAUUAGUUUUUAUCAUGAUAUGUAAGAUAAUUAAAGGGAAGAAUUGAAGGCUUUGUUGCUUCUGCUAUAACUCAUCAGAAAUGCUCAAAUUUAGUUUCAGUGUCUCCAAGAAGGCAAGGAAAAGCUAGGAAGACAUUAGAAAUAGUCACUUUUCUGAUGAGCCCUGCACUUUAUGUCAACAGUGUCUGUGAAGAUCAGUGUUGCCUUAAAUGAGUUUGAGUGUACUCUAGGCCAUUGUGUUUAGUAUGCAUGAGCUCUCGUCAGCUCUCCAUUGGCAUGCAGUUCAUGGAAGAGCCUCCAGCAUCUCAAGCAUCCUGGUCACCUGGAGCUUUGAGCUUCUCCCAGUAUCUUCUCAGUUCCAGGAGGAGCAAGGCGCGGCCAGACCACUGCUGGGAGCACUCCCUGGCUGGAGUGUUCACACAUGAUAACUUUCUGAACAGUUGGGAGGUUCUUGUUCAUUUUUUAUGGUGACUGCAAAAGAUGUCCAAGAGGUUUUUUGGUUCAGUGACAAUACUCAGAUUAUUUCUAAGAAUUUUAACAAUUAUUUUUGUGUAUUGAAAAGCUUAUUUACUAUUAAGAAAUACCGGAGAACGCCCGCCCCCCGCCCCCUCAAAUGGAUUGGAUGUAUUACUUGAAAUGGUGAUCUGAAGAGUGCUUUAGUCUCUUUCUUUUAACAGAAGCAGUAAAAUGUGGGUAUGGUUGAGAAGAUAGGAGGACAGCUUUUCUAGGCUGCACGCAGAUGAGCACAGUCAUGCAGGUAACCACACUGAUUUAUGCAUGUGUUUGCCACUAAAAGCCAUUUUUUGCCCUUAUAAAUCUGAGCACAGCUACUAAUAUGUUCAUAGAUUUCAUAUGCUUCUGUGUAUUAUAAGUAAGAAAAAAAAGUGUUUUUUUUUUCUUAUUUUAAGAAGUUAAUUUUUAUAGUAUGCUGACUUCAGCAUGUUAGAUUAGGGCAAUACUAAUUAUGUAACUGUAUUGCCCAGGUCUUUAUUGGGGAAAUUCAAAUAUGAAGAUGAGAAAAAAAUUAAAAAAGUUUGAGUAACAAAUUAGCAAAGAUUGCCAACAGUAAAAAGUAGGCAUUGAGAGACCAGCCAGGCAUGAGUGGCGUUUUUCAGAGACAUUGCUACACUGAUUCACACUGUAAUUGCUGAAACUGAGUCUAGCUAAACAUUUGCUAAGAGUUUUGGGUAUGAGAAGUUUUAUACUUAUGUAUGAAUAGUUUCUAAAUUCCUUUAGGUUGAAGUCUUGGUGUAAUCCAAAAGGCAGAUGUCCUUUCCCAAGCAUAGCCGUAUUUUUCAUGGUUUUAAAUGAGCAACCAGAUAUUCAUUUCAUGAAAUAAUGUAAAUAUUAGGAAGUAAUAUGGAAAAAUGACAUAUAAAAGUAACAUUUAAAAAUGACAAGUCUCUGUAAUGUCUGGUGUCUGCUGAGAACAAUCUAUCCCUGUGAAACAUUUGAACAGUGCUAGAUUUGAAAGUACAAGAGUUUGUUACAUAAAUCAAGUAUCUCAGGACAUUUGAGGUGACACUGUCAUUUAUUUCUGUUAUAAUUUGAAAAAAAAUCAUUUCUUUAGUUGUGCUAUGAGAAAACCACACACUUCAUUUGGUAAGAGUUCUAUAAGUGCAGUGACCUAGAGAAAAGUAUAAAACAAGUGAGAUGGGAUCCCACUGCUGGCCAGCUUAUGGUCAGCCCACCUGCCCCAGUGAAGUGAGAUGGGAUCCCACUGCUGGCCAGCUUAUGGUCAGCCCAUCCCCCACUGAGGGGUUGUGCAUGGAGCUGAUCACAGCCUCAAUAGAACAUCUCUCAUGUCUGAGGAUAGACCACCUCAAACCACAUGCCUAUGUAGAGAUUGAAUAAAACUGUGAGGAGACACUGUGUGGAUACCUUAAGGUGACUGGUGCUGCUGCUGGUGGGCCUGCAUGCACCCAUCUGGAUUAGGCUGCAGGGAACAGUCUAUUUCAAUUCAUCUUCAUAUAGUCCAGGUUGCUCCUGUGUAUAACCUUGUUGGAGAAAUGAGAAGUAUGGUGAUGACUCCUUUGUGUCUGGGGAGGCUGACCUCAUAGGUUAACAUCUUUGGUUAACAUUAUUAAGGCACUAUCCAGUGCUGAAGCCUUCCUUCGUUACCACUCAUACAUCUGCAUCCGUUCAUUUCAUCUAUGCAAGCUUGUGUUUUUGUGGUUUGUAUUUUACACCUGAAUAUCAGGUUUAACAUUGGUGUUAAAUAAUUUUUAAACCAAAGUAUUGUAUGAGUAAGUCUGUGCUUUGUUUUUGUGAAUGGUUUGAAAUAAAUACCUAUCUUGUUUUCUCUCAAUAAAGUCAUCCAUUUAUUAAGUCAA